AUGCAGUCACGUGGUAAAAGAUUAGUAAGCGCCGCUUUACAAAAUCUAAAGCUUAGAUCUGAUAUUGACGAACAGAUUCCGUCCACUAGUGGUCUACAAAACUGGUCGCCACAAAUUCUAGUAUCAGAAUCAGAUUUUGAUUCAGACGAUUCAGUAGCCGAUAAAGAUUAUGAGCCACCAAAAAACCACAAAACGUACAUUAUUGCCGCUCAAUGCUCAAAACAAUCAGUGGUUAAAAACUUAAAUAUGAGGGGUCAUAAUGAAAACUAUGAACGACGUGAAGCCAAUAUUUUAUUGGAUGAUUCUGGCUCCGAAUCAGACGUCAUUCCAUGUUCUCAACCGUGUUUGGAAAAAACGAUUCCAGAAUCUUCAGAUGAAUCUACAAAAGAUGAACUUACAAAAAAAGGGACAGUAAGAAAGCGCAAAAGAUAUGAUGUUAGUCUUAAAGAACGAAAGAAAAUUAAAAGAGAAGAAAAAAUAUAUACCAAAUAUUUUGUGAAACCCGGAUGCCAAGAGAACAUUUGUAAAAAAAAAUGUUCAACGAAAUUCUCAGAGGAUUACCGCAAAAUUAUUAAUCGUAAUUUCUGGAAAAUGUCUUGGUCGGAACAAAAACACUUUUUUUUAGCUAAUACUAUCCAGCAAAAGCCUGCAAGACCAAAGAAAAAAAGUCAUGAUAAUGAGCAUGGUAAACACUAUGAUCGAACUAAGACUGUUUCGUAUUUCUUAUGUGAUGAAAACGGUGAGAAAGUUACGGUAUGUAAAAUGUUUUUUCUCACAACUUUGGGUUACAAGAAAAGUAACUGUAAGGCUGUGAGAAACAUUAUUGACACAUACUAUAAAACACAAUACGCAGAGCCUAUUGCUGACGGCCGAGGUCAUAACCCGAAUCCAUCACAAAUAGACAGUACAAAGGUAAAAGAACAUAUUAUGUCUUUUCGUCCAGUUGUGUCGCAUUAUAGGAGAGUUCAUGCACCAAACCGGAAAUAUUUGCCCUCGGAUAUCAAUAUCCGCAUGAUGUACGACAAUUACUGUGAGAAAGAACCUGAAAUAAAUGUGUCCUAUGGAUUUUAUAGGAAUGUCGUAAAUGACCUUAAAAUAUCCUUCACAAAGCUUGGACACGAGGAAUGUGAAUUGUGCGAAAAAUUUUCUAUUCACAACCCUAACGUGGAAAUAAGGCACAGGAAUUGCGAAGAAUGCCAAGAAUAUGAAGAUCAUCACACUAGGUACAUUUCAGCGAGAAAAAAAUAUGAAGAGGAUGUUGAAAGCCAAACGAAGCAAAAAAUUACCGACACCAUAAUAUUUGCAGUUGAUUUAGAAAAGGUAAUUAUGUUACCUCGCAUGGAAGAAUUUAAAACGGUAAUGUUUUGUCCAAGGCUUAUCGUUUUCAAUCAGAGUUUUGUUCCUGUAGGUGACAAAAGGUUACAUGGAGUUGGCAAAACACUGGGAGUCUUAUGGCACGAAGCUAUUGCAGGGAGAAAAAAGGAAGACAUAAUUAGCUGCUUUCAAGCAUUUUUCUUUGAAAACCGGGACUGCAAAAAUGUGAUUUUGUGGUUGGAUAACUGCGCGGCCCAAAACAAAAAUUGGUGCCUUUUUUCCUACUUAGUAUAUUUAGUCAAUUCAAAGGAUGUAAAUAUUGAAAGUAUUGUGCUGCGUUAUCUGGAAGUUGGUCAUACUUUUAUGGCUGCCGAUGAAUUUCACCAUAGAGUGGAGCAAUCACUUAAGAAGAACAAGCGAGUGUAUGACUUUGAAGAUUUUUGCAAAGCUGUCGCUGAUACUGGUUCAAAUACUGUGGUGAAAAAAAUGACAGUCCAGGAUUUUCACGAUUUUGAAGACUGUUCUUCGUCGUAUAAAUUACAACAUUCUGUGCCGCGAGCUUAUUUAAGAAACAUGUCUGAAAUCACUUUUCGGCGUGGGAGCAAUUCGAUGUUCUACAAGAACAGCCAUGACACUGAAGAGCAAAUAGAAUUGGAUUUCUUGAGAAUUAAAAAUCUUAAAAUUGGUAUUCCAUUGCCUAAGCAGAAGCUUUCUCCACGAGGUAUAACAUCUGAGAGGAAAUCAGCUAUACUUUCCAAGCUUGGGCCACUCAUGCCUGACAACAGAAGAGGUUUUUGGGAAACCCUACCCGUUAACGACAGUUCAGCUGAUCUCACAGAAAUUUAUGAAGACUGA